UGGAUGCCCAUGCAAGAAAUAUAUAAGAGAAUUAUAAUUAUUAGUAGCACGUGGCCACUGCCUAUUGGUUGGAAAAGGUUCCCAUCCAAAGUAACGUCUCCUUUGCUUCAAGUUGCCACGUCCAUCUCCGAAGUCAGUCGGAAGAGAAGGGAAGUUACAGUUUCUUCCACCAUUUUCAACAGCCAAAAUGACGAUCAUAGAGAUGCAGGUGCACAUGGAUUGUGGUGGGUGCGAGAGCAAGGUAAAAAAUGCACUUCAAAAACUAAAAGGUGUGGACGAUGUUGAGAUAGACAUGGGCAUGCAAAAAGUGACGGUGACUGGAUGGGCAGAACAAAAGAAGGUUCUUAGGGCGGUCAGGAAGACGGGUCGGAGGGCGGAGCUGUGGCAGCUGCCCCACAAUCCGGAGCUCCAUUUUGACGCUAAUCAAUACCAUUGUAAUGGAGCAGUCACCUUUAACGCCCCCCACCAGCCCACUUCUUCCUACAACUACUACAAGCACGGAUACGAUAUUGGUCAUCCUCCUACCAAUCAUUACUAUCAAAAUCAUUCGCAUUCCACCAUUUUCAGUGAUGACAACCCUAAUGGUUGUUCUAUUAUGUGA